UUGUGUACGCGUGACGGGCGCGUCUUCACUGUUGGUUCACACCUCGAGAACCCUGCGCGUUUCUUUCGUUACGGCGAACAAAGAAAUUUGUUACCAAGCACGCAUCCUUUGCGUCCAUAAGAUGCCGAAAACUGCUGUCUAGGUAGGAAGCUCACUAGGUUUUGAGACGCAGUCCAUUCUUGUAUGCUUUCGCUUAGCAGAGACGUCCGCGUCAAAGACUUUCCUCAAUUGCAGGCAGAGCUUUGAAAAGCGAAGAGAAUGAUGUAACGUUUACAGAGGCUUCUGGAUAACUGUUUGUGGAAACUUGUGGAAGAACUUUGACAGAAAUAAGGGGUUUUAGCCUAAACAGUGCGGCUGAAAAGAUGCAUCGCGUUUCGUAAACGUAAAGACCCCGUACAGGUGUGACGACGAAUGCAGGGGAGAUGGGGGGCUGCUGUAUACAGUGCUGGAGGUUGUGCACCUGUUGCCUGUCUGAAGAAGAGAGGAGCGCUAUCGCGGUGCACAAUGAAAUAAAACGCGUCCUGGCGGAGCAGAAGAAAAGAGAACGCAGAGAGAUCAAAAUACUUUUAUUGGGCACUGGAGAAAGUGGGAAGACGACUUUUAUUAAACAAAUGAGGAUCAUUCACGGAAAGGGGUUUUCGGAAGAAGACAGACGUGCGUAUGCUAAAUUGGUUUUCCAGAAUAUCUUCACUGCUAUGAAGGCAUUGACAGGGGCUAUGACCACCCUAAAGAUUCCUUACGGCAACCCACAGAAUGAGGUGUACAGUCAACAGUUUCAACAGGUGGAAAUAAUCCAUGUGACCCAAUUAAACAGAAUGUAUGUUGAAGCUAUUCGGCGACUUUGGGCUGACCCGGGUAUCAAGAACUGUUACAGACGUCGUCGAGAGUACCAGUUAAUGGACUCUACAGAAUACUUUAUGACAAAUUUAGACCGUAUCGCAGGCACAGAUUACAUCCCUACGGCUCAGGAUGUGCUCCGAGUGAGAUUCCCCACGACAGGCAUCAAUGACUAUUCCUUUAGUAUGCAGAAGAUCACUCUCAGGAUCGUUGAUGUAGGCGGCCAGAAGUCUGAAAGGCGAAAAUGGAUCCAUUGCUUUGAGAAUGUGACGUCUCUGAUGUUUUUAGCAUCUCUCAGCGAGUAUGACCAGGUGCUGGAGGAGAAUAACAAAGAGAACCGCAUGAACGAGAGCUUGUCGCUCUUCUACACCACCAUCCACUCGUCGUGGUUCGCCAAUUCCUCCAUCAUCCUUUUCCUUAACAAGAAGGACAUCCUGGCAGAAAAGAUCCAGACAUCAGACCUACAAACAUACUUCCCGACUUUUCAAGGCAAACGUCGGGACGAGCAAGAGGCCAUGGAGUACAUCUUAGAGAUGUAUCAACGGCAGGCCGUCAAUGUUUUGAACAAGGACUGUAAAAACAUCUACUAUCACUUCACCUGCGCCACGGACACCAGUAACAUCCGGAAGGUUUUCAAUGAUGUGAAAGACACUGUACUGAUCGCAUCUCUGAAGGCGUUUGGAGUACUAUAAACAGACCCUUCAAGAAGCACCAAUGAAACGCUGAUCCUUUUAUGAUGUUUCUGGAUGUUUUAGCGCUUCGGCCGCUGGAUUUGCAGUCAAACUACUUCAAAGGACCUACAUGGAAUACACAAAGGAUGCCGUUUAGUGUUGUUUCUUGUGCAACGCCAUGCAACCUUUCCUUGCUUUGUCUUUUGAUUCAUCUUUUCUUGAAUUCUUAGACUUUGUUAUUGACUUUUGGUGAAUGACAUUUUGAAUGCUUAACACAAUGUCAUUGGCUACAACAAGGCCCUUUUAGAAUCUGCACUCAUGAUAAAUUCCUUACAGUGGGUGGAUUAUGCUGAUAUUUGUAGAUCAUGUUCGAGCCUAAUUACCUAAAACGUUGUACGGGAAAAACAUUUGCACAGGUCUGGUCGGAAUGACACUCUUUCAUCUACAGUAUCAAAACAAUCGAGUGAGGUUACAUUGAAGGUAUGAGGAAGUUGUCAUAAUUCUACCCAGGUUGCAGGAAUGCGGCACAGCCGAUCAAAUAUUUUUGGUGGCGGGUUUUGGUUUCGAGGGGGUUGAGAAACACUACAUCAGGGCUAGUGAACUCCAGUCCUUUAGUUCCAAGUCAAACCCUAAUCCAACACACUUGCUCAGGAUAAGAGUUUACUAGCCCUUCUCUACACUGUACUUGCAAAGUAAAAUGACUUGUGUGCUUUUUUUUUACAUAAAAUAUAAGGCUUAAUAAAUAGUAGAGAUGACUCGAUUCUAAAUUUUUCCAAUGAUACUGAUAGCUGAUUUUGAAGAAUAAAUGAUUAUUUCUUAACUUUCUGAAUGUUAUUAAUUCAUAUGAUGACUAUUAAUUUUGAACUUCAAACUGGUGAUGUUUCUAUACAUUUUCUGCACACAGAGCAAAAAUGAAUAGCAUUGUCCUGUCGUCUUUUGAUUGACAGUAUAUAUCGGCUCUGAUCAUAGUCUGUUUUUAAACUAUCGGCUGAAAAUUUGCUUUUAUCGACCGAUUAUUGGCCGAUAUAUCGGUGCAUCUCUAAUAAAUCGAUUAUAAACUGUGCUGAUUACCUCAAAAGUUCAUGAGGGUGAGAGCUACAUUGACUGGUAUAAAAAAGUAUCAAAUAUUUUUAUUGUAUGUAAAUGUACCAUUAAAAGAACCUAAGAUGUAGUAUUACUACAAAAGAUCAUAACAGGAUCACAAUUUUUUUACUUAAGGGUUUAUUUGAUUUUAAAUUAUCUAAAUUUACUAUCCACGUUGUAUUAGUUGAUAAAUUUCAUAUAAAAGUAUUUGUAAAGUGACCUUUUAGUAAAUAUUUAACGUAAUAAUUUUGUGUUUAACACAUUGUUUAUUCAAUGUGGCCUCAAACCUUUUGACUGUAGUUUCAGCUGUUUCAAGUGGUCCCAGAUGCAAUUUAGAGAUGUUUUAAGAGAUAAUCUGGUUGUUUAAGAAUUAAAUCAGUAGACUGUUACUUUUCACAAACUUAAUCAUUUUUGUAUUCUAUGUAUUUUGCACAAGUUCAUGAUAUGUUCUGUAAACACUUGGUGUACAGUACUUAAUAAAAUCCCUUUUUUAAAAUAAAAUAAUUGCAUCAGAUGGACCUUGCCAAAGGUGACAUCUAUUAUUUUUUCGAACAUUCUCUAUGUUAGGCCCAGAAGACCUAUUCUUUCAUACAGUCAUGUGACCACGAUAAUAUUGAGACAAUUUUGUUAUGGCAUUAAAACGAUAUCGAUUAUAUUGUUACAUCCCUGCUGAAUACAUGAAUAAACUCUCCUCACUAUAUAGAAUUAUGUGUUUAAUAUACUUUUAACCAUCUUAAUAGACCUAAUAAGCUCAUAAGAUUUAUACCAUAUGUAAUGAUACCGUAUUAACUGUGAAUGAAUCAGGAAACAUUAAAUUAAGAGUAAAUUAAUUACCAGUUGUAUAGUUUUGCUACAAAUAUCUCGGUUAAUAUUGUUUUACUACAAAACAUUAUAGUUACUAAAGUCAAACCAUGUGUCAUGAGCUUCCAUGUCAGAUUAGAUUUCUUGAAUCUUGAUAUUAAUAAACUGGUUUUCUAAGGUGAAAUAAACAAUCGCUGACAUCUUUUGUUUUCUUUGUCUUCCUCCCACACCCAGGUCUUUUGGUCAUAUUAAGUCUUACUUCUAUGUUUUUUUUUCUUAUUGUCCACCCUCUUCUUACUCCUCCCUAUUAUG